AUGAACAGGCAGACGCUGAAACAUCCGGGAAAACCCCCACCAGCGGGCUGGCCUUGUGACCGUUCGCCAGCACGACUUCCGCUCAAGCGCGAUGGAUAGGCGAGGAUGGCGAUCAGCUCCCGUUUUCGUCGGUGCGGCCGGAAUAUUGUUCUGUGUAGUGUAUGUAGCACUCCACUAUCUUCACCGUCCCGCCUGGCUGACCUUGGUCAAUGUGCCUCGAGUAUCGCACAAGAACACCUCCGAUCCAAUUUAUGUGCAUUCCCGAGCUCGAGUAAUGAAACACAAAAUGUCAUGAGAUACAAUCACCUGCGCACAGUAUAUGCAUCCAUCCCUAGGAAACGCGUUUCUUGUACGUACCCAGAUGAUUACUAUGCAAUCGCGUAGGGAACGGUGGGCGUUCCGGGAUCGUGGGGCACUGAGCCCGUGAGUGUGUUGAGAAGUUACCGAGUUGAUGUGGUAUAGUGAGCGACUAGGUAGAUCGGGAGGACGCUCCGGAAUGUGCG